AUGCGUGUUGAACCUGGCUACAACGAUAUCAGCUUCGAAGAAUCGGGCAAAGGAGGCUCCACCGUUGCAGCACAUCCGCAGUUCACUAGUUGGCGCAGUUCAACGACACCACCGACUGGUACGACUACCAGCAUUACCACCAGCAGUCACGCUUCGGCAGCAGCCAGCUGCACCAGCAGCGGGAGCCACGGCGGUGCGGCCACCGGGUGGAGACGUGAAAACCGUGACACAGUGUCGGUGGGCGCAGCCUGUGCUCCCGACAAAAUGGGUACGGAUGGGUUACCGUGUGUCCCUCCAACCGGUCAGCAUCAGCAGACAAACUAUCAGCACAAUCAUGCGAAUGCUUCCAGCCGGCAGCCUCAGUACACGAUCGGUGCCGGUUUCGGUGCGAUCGGUGAAUCAUUAAAAGGUACGGGUCUAUACGGGUGUGCUACAUCACCGCCGAAAUCUUCUACUGCUACGAGCAUAAAAUUCCCACCGUCGGUUGGCAUUUAUCGUCCACCGGCAGCCCGUCGAACGAUAAAGCUUGCUGAAAGCGUCAUCCAGCAACUAGCCCCACCGGCUGCCUGUGAAAACCCAACAGAUUAUGGUCAUCAUUUAGCAUCCACUACGUCACUGCGGCAGCAGCCACCAGCACAAGUGCAGUGCGCUCCAAGCGACGGUGGUAAUUGCUGUGCCGGUGCUGAUAAGGCGUUACGCGAAUCAUCCACUGUCGGCACAAAUUUAUCGGAUUCCAGAGAAGGCCACCCUUCGGUCCAAGGCGACGAACCGGUCAGUGAAACCGGUCCCACUUGCAAACAUCGGACCGUUCAAGGGGACGGCGGUGACGGCGUGAGGUGCGAAUCUCGACCACCGCAGACACUUAGCGACGACAGUCUAGGAAGUAGUGCUUCCGGCACCAGCAUCACCUCUGCGUCCAGGAAUAAUCGUCCACACCGUGAACGACGACCGGAUCGAGCCGUUUACAUUCCGCGAGCUCGCCGCAGUCUAACAACACCGCCGAUAACGACUUCGACUGGUGUCUCGGGUAGCGGUGGCGCUGCUGAGUCUAAGGUUUCUUCUACAAUCACCUCAACAUCGCCAACCGCUGCGACGUAUAGUGUAUCUCCUACGAAACGAUCGUCGCGAACAUCCUUGGACAGACCGCGACGCUCAGAAGUAGUUGCGACUGGUCUGACCUGUACGGAAACGGCAAAACCGAAUCGAGAUUGUGAUGCUGCAGUGAGUGAUGGUGGUGUGGCCAUCCAGCAAGACCAGUAUCAGUGCAAAGUGCCAGCAUCUCUUCCCGAAAAGUCUAUACAACUCUGUGAUACUGUGAUAGAAGGAUUGUCGGUAGCUCCGGAAUCGACGGGACGUAACCAAAGGUUUCUGAAUUCGGUGGAGAAACUCAAACGUAGCCACAGUUUGGAGGAGCACGAACCGUACUUCGUGGCGCAAGGCGGCAACUGUGACCGUUUGCAAAGUCUUGCCGAACUUACGAACGGUUUACAACUAGCUCCCGGAAAGGUCGCGUCUCCCAGCGGUACCUGCAGUGGCGAGCUUCGGCAACCUUCACCCGAAGAGGAACUACACCAAAGACCUGCUAUUUUAAAUCUUAAAUCGUUGGAGACGAGUGACACGAUGCAUCGAAACAAUAAUCGCAAUCGUAACACGAAAAAUGCUACCUCCAUACAAACGCCACCAUCGCCCGUUGCAACCAGCACCAUGAUCAUAAACGAUUCGGCGCAUGCUGAGAGCGAAAAGUUCGAUCGUGAUGAGAAGGAAUUGCGGCGUGCCUCGCAGGAGAUCAAUCGCAGCAAUCGGCGCAUCAUGAAACAGUCCUUCAACUCGGAUGUGCUGCAAAUCGACGAACCCGAACCAGCCGGCCCUCGUAUGACGGCGAAAAAGGUAGAAAAAGUUAUUUCACCUACCAUCAACGGAGCUGGAACACCGUCCGAGAAUGGUGCAUCGAAUGAUAAGCAAAGCGGGGCUGGUGGUACCAAUGGUGAAGAAGAGGACGACUGGGAAUCGAUGUAUGAUGAUAAUGGUGACUGCUUGAACCCAAAAAUGAUUGACGAGCUUACUUCCGCCGUCGGCAGGGUAGCGAUCGAAGUGCCACAGUCGGAUUACAAGGCGUAUCAAACAAAGCAAGCUGUGUUGAAUGAGGAAGAGUUUCCGCACGUGCUGGAAGUGUCCUGUUUUCCGCCCGAGUUUAAAACACAGGACCUGAUGAUGCUUUUCUCGCAGUACAAAGAGUCCGGUUUUGAUAUUAAGUGGGUCGACGAUACUCAUGCGCUGGCCGUGUUCAGUAGUUCAAAAGUUGCUGCUGAAGUACUUGCCGCUGGUCACGCGUUCGCCCAGGUGAAACCGUUGGCCGAAGCGACGUCCGAAUCGCGAUCGAAGGCCCGCAAAUGUGCCAGCUCGCUGCAACCCUACCGGCCUCGGCCAGUAACUUGUGCGGCGCUCGCGCGUCGGCUAGUAACCACCGCGCUAGGCGUGCGACUGAAGACGGCACCCGAAGAACGAGAAAACGAACGACGAGUUCUGCGUGAAGCCAAAGAACGAAAGCUGCUUGCCGCCAAACAGCGCGACGAAGUCUGGGAUAGUUAGUGAUAUACCAUCGUGACGUGACUGCGAACUAUCCGAUCUGUUAUAAUGAAUGAUGCAGAGUUGCUGCCAUACUGAUCGCGGAAGAUGCUAGGGCAAGGUUUUCGAAACGAGUUACACCCGCGGCAGGAUUUGCAACGAGCGGAAGUGUAAAGUGCAUUUUGUUUCAUUCUAUGGUACGCAAAACGAACAGUACAAGACACUGGGAGCAAUCAAUGAAAUGGGAACGUUUACAUAAGGAUGAGGUUUUUUCAAGUUCUUUUGUUAUGUUUCUUUUUAAAGUGUUUGUAUGGUUACUGCCGAGUCAAUGCGGCACGCGCAAAUAACAGCAGUUAAGGCGCAACCAGAGAAUGAAUCUUCGACGGGGUUAUACUUCACUCAUCUUUGUUUACCUACUGAAAUGGGUGAAGCACACUAGCAAAUGAGAGUAGGAUUAUACACAUAGAAUAGAUAUACAUAUAUUUAAAACCAUGUAUACACAAUGUAUUUAGUGGAUCGCAAAUUUAGCGGCCCAUUUGUCACUGUGUUUCUUACUUUUAUUUACAAAACGAAAGGGACAAGUUGCGAUAGGAUUGUGUAAUAAAA